AUGCAGAUAGAUCCACAAUGUAUGCGUUGUGGAAUGGCCCCAGAAACAGUGAAUCACACUUUGUUUGAGUGUCCACCGGCAUUACAGGUUUGGGCAUUAUCUCCAAUCCCAACGGUUCCCAAUCAAUUUCCGACAGAGGGGCUGUUUACAAAUAUGGCACACCUGUUCUGGCACUUACCAAAAGAUGAAAGGAUGGGGAUGUACCCUUGGUUAAUUUGGUACAUUUGGAAAGCUCGAAAUGAUAAGGUUAUGGAAAAUGUGGACUGGGACCCAAAUGAGAUAAUUGUUAAAGCGGCAGCGGAGAGUUUGGCAUGGGCAGCGGCCCAGGAACGACGAGCGACGGCGCAUUCCCACACAGAAACCCUAGUGCAAACACCGAUAUCAGGUGACAUUUGUCAGGUGGACGGGGCUUGGAAAGACACAGAGUGUAGAGCUGGUUUAGGAUGGUACUUUUUCAACACGGAUUCUCCUGAUAAACUUAUGGGAACAUGUAAUUUGAGGCGGGGAAUAUCCCCACUUCAGUCAGAGCUGGAGGCUCUCAUUUGGGCCAUGCAAUGCAUGAUACGGCAUAACAAAUUGGUAAUGGUGUUUCAGACGGACUGUUCCGAUGUGGUGAAGAUGGUGUCUAAACCAGAGGAGUGGCCGGCGUUCUCAACACUACUUGACGAGGUUGACAGAUGUAAGAGGAGAUUCACCUCCUUCAACAUCAUGCAUAUUCCAAGGACGAACAACACGAAGGCAGACAAGUUAGCACGAAGUGCUCGAGAUCUACCUACAGAUGUGUAUUAUGUAAACUCUAUUUCACCAGUUUGGAUUCCCGAGCUGUUGUAG